UCGGGUUAUAGUUGUCUGCUCUGCGAACAGAAAACACUUCUUAGAUAUCACUCUAGUCAUGGUAGACUCUGCAGAUGAGUAGAAGGUGGUACUGAAAACUGUGAUAUUUCGUUUUACAAUGUAAAUCGCUUUCAUUUUAAUGUACGAAAAAAAAGUAGAGCAGUUCCAACUGCAGAAGACCACCUGUGAAAAGUGGACUGGACUGACUGCGUCACGGCUGACGUCACGAAUGACGAAGUGAGUAGGACGACCCAACAUUAUGUUCAACUCACCUGAAAGGAAGGGUGUUCUCCUGACAUAGCCGCGCUUCUCCACAACAGUUUGGAUCAACCCUGCAGGAGACGAGAUGAUAUCCAAGAUGUGGUCCGGACGAGGGAAGGUCGGGAUGAUGUUUAACGUGGUUCUGGUCCUGUCCAUAGUGCUCGUGUACCAUCAGCUGUACCUCAUCUUUCAACAGCGCGGGCGACGGGCGGAGAGGCUGAACGUUCUACGGAGUCAGAUGCGUCUGUCCAGAGAUCUAAGUAACAACGGGACUGUGCUGAAAGAAAAGAUAGUCUCUCCGGGAAUGGUGGACAACUCCAACUCAAAAAUAGACUUGCCGCUGGUGAAGUCGGAAUCGGUUGGAGGAAAAAGCAAGGAGAAAGCAGUCCAGACGAACAGCAGAGGACAAGAAACGAAAAACAACCAGCCAAAAAUAGCGCCACCUGCCAAGCCUAACCCAUGGCCGGCCAAACCCAACCCGUGGCCGGCCAAGCCCAACCCAGGGGCGCCAAAGCCUAACCCAGUUGCCGCUAAGCCCAACCCAGGGGCACCAAAGCCCAACCCAGGAGCACCCAAGCCUAACCCAGUGGUUGCCAAGCCCAACCCAGUGGCUCCUGUAGCUGUUAACCCUCACCCUUACUAUUUCACCAUCCACCAUCCGUACAAGUGCAAAGACUGGGUCUUCCUUCUCAUAAUCGUCACCUCCUCACCACAGAACGUCAAACAGCGACAGAGCAUCCGCCAGACGUGGGGAAACGAAACCAACGUUCCCGGAGUCGCUAUCAGAACUCUCUUCGCCAUCGGGAAGACCAACAGCGUGGUGACACAACAGGCUCUGGAGCAGGAGGACAAGCUUCACCACGACAUCAUUCAGGAAAACUUCGUGGACUCGUACCACAACCUGACCCACAAGACUAUCAUGUGUCUGAAGUAUGCCUUUAAGUUCUGCCCCAAGGCGAGGUACCUCCUUAAGACCGACGACGACACCUUCGUAAACGUCUUCAACCUCGUGGCGUAUCUUCAAGAACUUGGGAAGAAUAAGAAGGGGAGGAUCGUUGUUGGAGAAGUUUGGAGGGAAGGCAAACCGAUUCAGGAACAGAGACGAAAAUGGGCUGUCCCUUCACAAGACUAUCCCAGAGAAUCCUACCCGAAGUACCCUAACGGUUUCGCCUAUGUUAUUUCCAACGACAUCACUUACCAGGUUUACGUGACGUCUCAAAAUAUCAAGAACUACUUCUUAGAAGACGUCUACAUCGGGCUGUGUCUUGAGAAACUUGGUAUAGAUCUUAUAGACAACGAACAUUUCUACAACUACUUCGUCGACAUAGAUCCUUGUCGACAUCAGAAACUCAUAGCCAGUCACUGGGUCAAAGAGCCGGCAAAAAUGGUCAAACUGUGGAAAUCGGCGCAGCAAAAAUGUGAGAGGAGGUAGUUUUGUAGAUAAUAGUAGAUUUGAUUGUUUUCUCAUUAGCAUGAUAGAGGCAUGAAAAACUCAUGUAAGUGUAGAUAAAAUAUAUAUGAAAUUUAUGAGUAUGAAGACAGUUGAAAACUGCCUUGUCCCCCCCAACGAUCUAUUCGGUCAGGGGACUACAUGUAGGUAGGUAUGGGGAUGAAGGGGGAGGGGGGCAUUAAAUGACAAAUAACAUAUCAUCUAUAUCAUAAUCUCAGGGUGCCUUAUGGUCGUAUAUGUGGAAAUAUGGUCAAACUAUUGAUAAGGUACAAUCGGUAGGUAUGGUUACAGAGCACUAGUUGUUAACGAUAUAGCAACCUCCCAAAACCUAGUAACGUUAUCAUAGGGGGAACCUACCGUUUAUUUUAUUAUGUUUAAAAUAUUCAUAAUGAUAUGCAGUAUUUUCUUAAAAUGGUUUAUUGGUCAAAUCUUAUGAUAUGCAGUAGAUGACUUAUUACGACAGAAAUGUACUUGAAGUACAAAAAGUGAAAUUGUAAAGACAAGUGAAAGUUUUCUAGACCUUAUCAACCUUAUGUACCGUACAUGAAAAUAUAUUUAAAAAAACCAACAGUGUAGCCGGCAGUGUGCUUCUGAGGAAAGAUGAAUAUUCAAUAUUUUUAUUAAAUCGUUUUUACUAUAGGAUGAAUCUGAAAUUUCGUGGCCAUAUAGUGAAGAAAGCCAUAAUAAUUAGAAGAUAUUAUGGAUAAGUGGCACUAGCUCUUUUAAUCCUCUGGUGUCAAAUGAAACAUAUCAAAGUGAACAGGGUCGACCAUAACUCAAGUAUUCGACUUGGAUGUAAAGUUUGGAAAGAUAAUACAUGUUACUUAGAUGUAUACUUUAGAAUGUAUAAGUUACUAAGAUGUAACGUUUCGAAAGAAAGUACAUGUUUAUGGGUG